AUGGUUUGUCAUCUUUAUCCAGGUUUUAGGUUGCCUGCUGAACUGGUUGGUUUGUCAUCUUUAUCCAGUUCAAGCAGCAGCUAUAAACCACCACCGCCAUCACCUUCUGAUAUCCCUGUCUAUGUCACACCACCACCACCACCACCCCCACCUCGUUGUCCCAAUCUGCGUAUAUGCCCCCUCCUCUCUGGUCUAACUGACCUUGAGGCUGCUGUGUGUGUCUGCGCUCAAAUCAGGGCCGAGCUCCUUGGAAUCCCCAUUAACAUAAACCUUUUCUUGGACCUAGUGUUAAACAGAUGCGGUAAACGCCUCCCAGCCAACUACCGUUGCAAUUAA